CCCCUGUACCCCAGCCCCACCCCCACACCCGCAGCAGCCGCCGCCGCCACCUCUCCCUUCCUCUCAGCUCUUUCCUCCUCCUGUUUUCUCUUCCCUCCUCCCCUCGCCUCCUUUUCUCCUCCUCCUCCGGCGCUGACGCUCGCGUAGAGCCCUGGCGUCAGACGCGCGGGGGCGGGGCGAGUGCGGCGGGGGGUAUAAGUAGAGGGUGCAGGAGGCGGUGCUUCCCCUUCUCCCCGGCGGUUAGUGCUGAGAGUGCGGAGUGUGUGCUCCGGGCUCGGAACACACAUUUAUUAUUAAAAAAUCCAAAAAAAAUCUAAAAAAAUCUUUUAAAAAACCCAAAAAAAAUUUACAAAAAUUCCGCGUCUCCCCCGCCGGAGACUUUUAUUUUUUUUUUCCUCUUUUAUAAAAUAACCCGGUGAAGCAGCCGAGACCGAACCGCCCGCCCGCGGCCCCACAGCAGCUCCAAGAAGGAACCAAGAGACCGAGGCCUUCCCGUGGCCCGGACCGACACCGCCACCCUCGCUCCCAGCCGGCAGCCGGCAGCCAGCGGCGGCGGACCGACCCCGUUCUGCGGCCGUUGAGUAGUUUUCGGUUCCGGUUGAUUUUUGUCCCUCUGCGCUUGCCCCCGCUCCCAUCCCCCCGGCUCCGGCCCCCGGCCCCAGCACUCGCUCUCCUCUCACGGAAAGGUCGCGGCCUGUGGCCCUGCGGGCAGCCGUGCCGAAAUGAACCCCAGCGCCCCCAGCUACCCCAUGGCCUCGCUUUAUGUGGGGGAUCUACACCCCGACGUGACCGAGGCGAUGCUCUACGAGAAGUUCAGCCCGGCCGGGCCCAUCCUCUCCAUCCGGGUCUGCAGGGACAUGAUCACCCGCCGCUCCUUGGGCUACGCGUAUGUGAACUUCCAGCAGCCGGCGGACGCGGAGCGUGCUUUGGACACCAUGAAUUUUGAUGUUAUAAAGGGCAAGCCAGUACGCAUCAUGUGGUCUCAGCGUGAUCCAUCACUUCGCAAAAGUGGAGUAGGCAACAUAUUCAUUAAAAAUUUGGACAAAUCCAUUGAUAAUAAAGCACUGUAUGAUACAUUUUCUGCUUUUGGUAACAUCCUUUCAUGUAAGGUGGUUUGUGAUGAAAAUGGUUCCAAGGGCUAUGGAUUUGUACACUUUGAGACACAGGAAGCAGCUGAAAGAGCUAUUGAAAAAAUGAAUGGGAUGCUUCUAAAUGAUCGCAAAGUAUUUGUUGGACGAUUUAAGUCUCGUAAAGAAAGAGAAGCAGAACUCGGAGCUAGGGCAAAAGAGUUCACCAAUGUUUACAUCAAGAAUUUUGGAGAAGACAUGGAUGAUGAGCGCCUUAAGGAUCUCUUUGGCAAGUUUGGCCCUGCCUUAAGUGUGAAAGUAAUGACUGAUGAAAGUGGAAAAUCCAAAGGAUUUGGAUUUGUAAGCUUUGAAAGGCAUGAAGAUGCACAGAAAGCUGUGGAUGAGAUGAAUGGAAAGGAGCUCAAUGGAAAACAAAUAUAUGUUGGUCGAGCUCAGAAAAAAGUGGAACGGCAGACGGAACUUAAGCGCAAAUUUGAACAGAUGAAGCAAGAUAGGAUCACCAGAUACCAGGGUGUUAACCUUUAUGUGAAAAAUCUUGAUGAUGGUAUUGAUGAUGAACGUCUCCGGAAAGAGUUUUCUCCAUUUGGUACAAUCACUAGUGCAAAGGUUAUGAUGGAGGGUGGUCGCAGCAAAGGGUUUGGUUUUGUAUGUUUCUCCUCACCAGAAGAAGCCACUAAAGCAGUUACAGAAAUGAAUGGUAGAAUUGUGGCCACCAAGCCAUUGUAUGUAGCUUUAGCUCAGCGCAAAGAAGAGCGCCAGGCUCACCUCACUAACCAGUAUAUGCAGAGAAUGGCAAGUGUACGAGCUGUGCCCAACCCCGUAAUCAACCCCUAUCAGCCAGCACCUCCUUCAGGUUACUUCAUGGCAGCUAUCCCACAGACUCAGAACCGUGCUGCAUACUAUCCUCCUAGCCAAAUUGCUCAACUAAGACCAAGUCCUCGCUGGACUGCUCAGGGUGCCAGACCUCAUCCAUUCCAAAAUAUGCCCGGUGCUAUCCGCCCAGCCGCUCCUAGACCACCAUUUAGUACUAUGAGACCAGCUUCUUCCCAGGUUCCACGAGUCAUGUCAACACAGCGUGUUGCUAACACAUCAACACAGACAAUGGGUCCACGUCCUGCAGCUGCUGCUGCUGCAGCUACUCCUGCUGUCCGCACCGUUCCACAGUACAAAUAUGCUGCGGGAGUUCGUAAUCCUCAACAACAUCUUAAUGCACAGCCACAAGUUACCAUGCAACAGCCUGCUGUUCAUGUACAAGGUCAAGAACCUUUGACUGCUUCCAUGUUGGCAUCUGCCCCUCCUCAAGAGCAAAAGCAAAUGUUGGGUGAACGGCUGUUUCCUCUUAUUCAAGCCAUGCACCCUACUCUUGCUGGCAAAAUCACUGGCAUGUUGUUGGAGAUUGAUAAUUCAGAACUUCUUCAUAUGCUUGAGUCUCCAGAGUCUCUCCGUUCUAAGGUUGAUGAAGCUGUAGCUGUACUACAAGCCCACCAAGCUAAAGAGGCUGCCCAGAAAGCAGUUAACAGUGCCACUGGUGUUCCAACUGUUUAAAGUGAGUUUUCCCCUCUGGUUAAUUAUUUUAAGCUUUUUUCCUUCAUUUUUUAUAACAGUUUGCUGAGCAUAUUUUGAAACAUACAUAACAAAAAUUCAUUUUACAAUUAAUGUGGGUAUUGCUAAUUUCUCAAAGAGAAGUACAAAUAUGGAGGAAUUGAAGAAAAUUUUACCUGUUACCCUGGUGUUGACUUGCUUUUUAAAAAUCUUUAAAAAGAUUUGUAUAGUAGUUUGUAUUAAACAGCCUAUAACAGGACCUGGCUUUUGUAGUUAAUGUCUCUCCUUAUUGGGUGGUGGCUACACCAGUUGUCCUUGGGCCUCUACUGUUGCCUUUCAUUACUCUCCAGAAACAGGGUAAUGCAGCUGCACAGCUGUGUUGAGCUAGGAUCAGGACCAGGGAUUGGCAAACCUUUUCCGUAAGAGGACCAGAUAGGAAAUAUUUUGGGCUUUGUGGGCCAUGUUGUCUGUGUUGGAAUUAUCUGCUCUGAUGUUAGAGUAAAAAAGCAGCCAUAGAUAGUAUGUAAACAAACGGGUAUGGCUGUGUUCCAAUAAAGCUUUAUUUAUGGAAACAGGCAGCACAUUGAAUUUGGCCAAAGGCUUUAAUUUGCUACUGACAAGUGCUGGUAUUGGUCAUCUUAAAUUGUUUUUUUUUUUUUUUUUUUUUUUUUUUUUUUUUUUACAUUUACAGAUUGAUCAGGGACCAC